AUGCGUUUUAAGUCGAAGGAGAUAGAAAGAGGGGAUGAUUUUAACACUCACUUAGUAACAUCCAAGAUUGGUUUUACUCAAAGGUUCACGGUAAAGAUUAAGCCGGUUACACAUGAGGGAUACUGCGAGUGUCAGUAUUUUGAAUUUAAGGGACUACCUUGCAAACAUGUGCUCAAAGUUCUGAUGAAGCUGGAGGUAGAUGAAAUACCACCUCAUUUCAUUCUAAAAAGGUGGUUGAAAGGUGACAAUUCAUUUAGGAUAAUAAAUGAAACUUCACUCUCUCAAAAUUAUGAGAAUUCUGAAAUAUUUAGACUUAGCCAUCUUUGUCGAAGAUCAACUCAGUUGUCAUGUUUGGCUUCAAAGUCAGAUGAACUCUAUAAAAUGGCAAUUGCUGGCAUUGAAAAUAUUUUUGCGCAGAUCGUAGAUGAACAUAAUAAGUCAGUAGAAGAUCGUAAAACGACUUCAACUUCAAGCUCUAAAAUCCAAGAAGCUACUGAAAUUGAAACAAUAGGUCAACCUAUUGUCGGGGAUCCACAUAUAUCUCAAGUGAAAGGUAGACCUAGAGAUAAAAAAAAGAAAAGUCAGUAG